GCCCCUCAGUACCGGCGUUUUGACCUGGGCUGGUAUCCUGUGCUUUCUUUUGUUGCUGUUGCUGUUUCUCUUCGCUCCGCUGUUCUUCGUUGCGAAGGCUGCGCAAGGAGGCGAGGGGAACACACACUCUCUCCCUCGAACAAGAGAGCAAAGGAGAAAGAAAUUGAAGUCCUCAUCUUAGUCCGCCGAGCACGCUUUAUGGCAUUGCGUGUGUGUGUGUGUGUGUCAGACUGUCCCCCGUCCUUUUACCUUUUUUUUUGUUUGUUUGUUUGUUUUCUCGCUGUGUCUCCGUCACUUGCCGAUAUAAGACAGCUGUUUGCGAUAGUGUUCGUUCUUUGAGCCAUAUAUGGUUUCUUCUGGGCGGUUGCAGCGCAUUCAUAUAUUCCCUCCGCGACAGGAAAUCUCUCGCGGUUCGAACGCAUCUGCGUGUUAUCAGUCGCGCACGAGCGUGUGCUGAUCUUUUGUCUGUGUGUCCGUGUGUGUGCAUCUUGAAGCUUUGGACUUAAUAUAUAUAUAUAUAUAUAUACCGAUAUAUAUAUAUUGUUAUUAUUAUUCAUAUAUUUAUUAUUGUUGCCUCUUUCACCGUUAAGGCGUGUGCGUGUGUGUGUGUCUCUCUCUAUCAAUCUAUCGAACCGCUUUUCCUAUCUUUCUCGUUUCUUCUCGCGCGAAACGCACAAGCUGGCACAGCCCUUCUCUCUUCUCUGUUGUUGUUAUCGAUUCUUUUUAUGUUGCCGUCUUCGUUCUUUCUCUCCCCCGUCUAUUUCGUCUCCCAUCACGCCUCGCCAGCGCAGUGCUUUGUUGUCGUCAUCGCUGUCGGCUGCUACUGUUAACUGCUGGGCCGUUCCCUCGGGACUGGACGGCUGACCGUGCAACACGCGCCUAAAAAUACUCUUUUUAUUAUUAUUGGUUUUAGAGAGGGCGAUCUCUGGAGAAAUCGAAGGGCGAAUACGGAAAACCAAAAAUGCACUCGCGGGACCUUUCCAGCGUAGGCGGAGGCGCCUUCGCCGUCACGCCAGCUCCGUCGCACUGUCAGCGUCGUCGUCUCUUCCUGUUGAUAGCAGCGGCGGCUGUGUUGUUCGCCGUGGUGCCGGCAGUGGUGCCCAUCACGCAGGUGCACGCGGCCUCAUCUGCCAUCACCUGCCCCUACGGCUGGUUCCUCUACGAAGCGCGUAGCAACAACCUCAGUAAUGCGCAUGACGUUGCCGCUGCUGCCUCUUAUCACUCUUCCUCUUCUUCGGUUACGCGGCAGUGCGUGCGUGUCUUCGCGACAUCCAGUGUGCCGGCGAACAGCGCUGAGUCGGCCUGUGAAGCCGUCUUCACCAGUGAGAGCAGCGUCGCCGGCCGACCAUUCAACGCGGACGGAGUCACGCCGUGGCCGUUUGCUCGCCACGUCUCCCCACACGGCGCGGCCAUCUUCUCCGCUGAAGAGAACAGCUUUCUGCACGGUCUCUUUCUCCAAGUGGGGGGCAGCGGCGUGAGCGAUGACACCGUUCUCAUCCUGGGUGGGGUAGCGGGCUACGGCUUAGUGGACUGGUACGCCGGCGGCAGUAGCACCGCGGCGUCCACCACGUACACCAACUUUGCGGAUGACGUGAACUGGCAGCUGCACGCCGGCACCGUCGUGAUGCGCCCAAGCGGGACCUGGGGCCUCCUGCCAGCCAACAGCAUCGGCACCACCGCCUAUCCGUUUGCGUGUGCGUUUGACGCCAGUGGCGCCGUGGUGACCCCAGACAGCUCCUCCACUGGACCCGCGGCUUCCUCCUCCGCUCCUGCGUCUUCGUCCGCGCAUGCAGAGUCGAGUUCCAAAGGAGAGGCGCACCCGGGAAGAAAACGUGCGCAUCGCCCGGCUGUCCCACAGCCCGCACCGGCCUGCCUCGACGGCUGGACGCCGCUGCCGUCUGUGGUGGACACGAGCGAGGGUGCCGACAACACCGUCUGCUACCGCCUCUUCGCCAAUGCAAGUGAGGCGGGUGGGCGGCUGGGUAGGACGUUCGAGGCAGCCCAGGCGUACUGCCGCGCGGCACACCCAAAGGCAGCACUGGCCAGUGUGAUGUCCCGCAGCGAGAAUGAGUGGAUUGUGUCGACGCUGCUCUCUCGUGUUCCUGUGGUUUGCGACGGCGACGGCGCUGGACAGGCGAGCACAUCUUUUAGUAGCACCGGCAGCAUUACGAGUAGUAGCGGUACGUCAGCCCGCACGGUGUUCCUGGGCGGCAGCUACAUGCGCGAUGGCGCCGGGGCCGGCCUCAUUGGCAGCUGGUACGCCGACCAGCACCUCUUUAACGCCUCCGAGUUCGCCGCCACGAGUCCGUCCAGCCCCGCGUGGCCGACGGCGCGCAACGACUACUUCGCCAACUGGGCCGCGAAGGAGCCGCUGCUCAGCUACGGCGUGGUAGGCAUCACGCCUCCUGCGCAGCGCUGCAACACCGGCAGUGGGGCAGCCGCAACAGCCAAGACGACCUCAGCUGCGGAUACCUCGGCUGGUACGUGGGUCGGCCUAGACCCGCGUUCUACGCAGCCCUUUCUGUGCUCGUACCUCAACGACGGCUCCGCCUUCCCGACUCCGCCGCCGCCCACGACACCAACCCCCGACCCGAAUUCCACCACCACCGCCGCCCCCGGUCCGUCCGGCUACUGCGUCCCUGGCUGGUCCUUUCUGCCGCUGACGAGCAGUUGCUACCGGGUUUACCCCAUCGCCACCACCACCACUGCCAUAACAACUUUCUCUUCAACAGCGCCCGCCGUCACACCCGCCACUAUGGAGGAGGCGUGUGAGCAGGUGUUGCGUGGCCGUGUCGUGGCGGCGAAGGUGGCGCGCGUGCGUGCUGUGUCGAUGCAAUCCAUUGCAGAGAGCAACUACAUCGGUGCCCUGCUUCAGCGCUACAUUGAUAGUGAUGGCGGCGACACGACGACGACGACGGGCAGCAACGCCGAGCGAAAUACCAGCGCCGUCCCGGUCAGCUUGGCCGGUAUUUCCUUCAUCGAUAGCGGCAAUGGUGGCUUCUACAUCAGCGGGGUGCGAGAACUGGACCCCCAGCUCGCCCUGUCCCUCUGGGCCGCCUCGGAGCCAGCCGCCGUGAAGGGCUGCAUCGCCGUGGACGUGCAUGGGUUGUGGCACUACGUCCCCUGCAGUGCCGCCGCCGCCGGCAGCAUGCCCGACAGCACGGCGGUCUACGUGACAGCCUACACAUGCCAGUACAACGCGACGGAGAUCGACCCUGCAAAGGACGUGCUGCACCCGACCACGACCACGACCACGCCGGAGCCGACGAGUGGGCCGGGGUGGUCGUCGGAGAGCGGCAGCAGCGGGGAAGCGUGGCCGCCCCUCGAGGAACGCAUCGCGGCGCUGUCGAACGCAGCACAUCUUGUCGUCGCAGCUGGCAGUACGGGCAUCUACACGCUGCAGGGUCCGAACGCCACCACCCCCGCGGCAGCCAGCGUGCGUGGGCUGCACUUGUACUUCGCCCCCCUCUCGGCUCUCUACUCCUAUGCGGUGCCGACGGUGGCGGUGGACGGCACGGCGAUGGGCAGCAUCUUCGCCCCCGCGCAAGGCCCGCCGUCGUCGCUGAGUGACCUGCUGGUUCUCUCCCCCAACGCGUCGGUCAGUCGCCCUUUCGCACCGUGUGAAGGCUACAAGGAUCAAUCACGCAUCAACCGUGUCCGCCUCGGCACCGUCACGGUGCGCCAUGGGAACACGAGCGAGGUCGGCUACGUCUGCGUCUCGCAGGACGGCGUUCACUACGUUCCGACGGCGAUCACGUACGAGGUGACGGAAGUUACGGUGCAUGGCUUCAUUCCGACGGCGUCGCGCACGCGUCACCCGGCGAGUGUGGACGCACGCCCUACCUGGCUGCCUCCGCUGCUCUGCAGCCGCACUGCAAGCAGUCCGAACUCGGUGUGUGCGGUGCAGCGGACGCUUGCCAUUCCCCAGCACGGCACCGGUACGGUGCAGCUUGCUCUGCGCUACAGCAGCGACAGCAAGGACGACGUCGUCGUGACGGCACAGUCGCCCACGGUGGACACGAUGGUCUCUCACGUGCGGCUCUCCGCCACCGCCGACUGCAUGGGCGCCGAGGUGCCCUUCUACCUCCUUGCACCGGACAUGGCGCUGCAGCAGGUGCCCAGUGCGCGCUACACCCGGCGCAACGCCUCCACAUUGCUCGGCGACCGUACAGGCGACGCGCGCAGUGGGCUGCAGUUCAGCGUCUUGAGUUAUCAGUACGCCACCAUUCGCGCUGCACGGCUGUCGUCGCUGAAGCCGCUCUACAACUCCUCGACGGCGCCGAGUGAGCUGGCAACGUUGCAGCCGCCGGUGGAGUUCUACGUGUGCGUCGCUGUGCAGAAGACGCACCUCACGAACACAAGCGCCGGCAACAGCAGCAGCGCGGACGUGGCGCAGGCGGGUGCGGCUUCCCGGCGGCUUCUGUCCCUAUGGAAUAUCACCAGCAGCAGCACCAGCAGUGGUAGUAGUAGCAGGAAUAGCCUGAUGCCGGCGCUGUGGAGCUCCUCCAUGUCCACUUCGUCGUCUGCCGCUCCCUCGCAUGCUGGGGAUGUUGUAAUCGAUGGCGAUGCUUUCUUGCUGUCCAUUGUGAGGCGUCUCGCGGCGCGUACCUCCCUCAGCCCCGUUGGCGCGGCUGUCCGCACCUACACCGCUGUGCCAGGUCUCAAGGCGCACAUCGUCCCUAAGGAAGUCGCGGUGAAGGGUAUGUGGGCGCUGCCGCCUCGCCGCUUAACGCACCGGGUCUCCUCCAGCAACAAGGGUCCCAACGACGACGUCGACAGCAGCAGUAGCACAUCGGAUGCCUCGGCUGACCUCGCGACGCUGGUGCCGACGCCUGCGACGUUCAACCGCAGUGCGCACUACCGGCUACGCCCCACCUACGCCUACACCUACGGUUCGUCAGCGCAGCAGCAGCAGCAGCAGCGCGGCGAGGCCAGCCCCGUCGCCUCUCUUUCGCACUUGCACGUUUCCCAAUACAGCUCCCCCAUUCUUCUCUUAGAUGGGCAAGGAAUUCAGCCGGGAAUGCUGGCACUGCUCUCGCAAGACCCGAACAGCUGCAACCGGCUGCAGCCUGUGCCGCGCACCGACCCGACCGCCGCCGCCGCUACCUGGCCGCGGUACCUGGACACGAUGGUGCCGCUCAGCACCGCCACCAUGCGCGUCGAAUCAGAGAACAUCAACGACAACAGCAGCGCAACGACAACGACGAUGGCGUACAUGCAGCUGAACCUAAAUCACACGGGUCUGUGGGGUCACCACCCCACCCGCACCGAUGACGUCGCGGCGACGACGCAGACGUGGUACGUGUGCAUCGCCUACGAUCCCCUCAGCCCUUUCUUACCGCUGCGGAACCCCGCGCUGAGGAUCACGGUGCACCGCCUGCAGGUGGAACGCUUCGCGAUAGACGCCAACGCGGUCUUCACGAGCAGCGAUGCGGUGGUCGCCGCGGAAGCCGCCGACGCCACCACCACACAUCUGAACCUGAACACGGGGUUUGCCGGCAUGCUGUGGAUGCACGGCGUAGACGUGCGUUUGUGGGCCACGACGACGUUGCACAGCGCGCAGGUGGUGUUCUCGGUGGUGCUGCCGAGUAACGGCACGGUGGACGACACGGCUGAGCAGUGCGCCCACUCGAACCUAUUCUACUCUCAGCGGGGUUUAGGUGUCUUGACGCAGGAUAGCCGUCGUCGUCGCCGAAGUGGAGGCAGCAGCAGCAGCACGAGCGAUGAAGAUAGCGUGGACACCAGCUUGGGCAUGGUAAUCCCCCUCGGCUUCUUCACGCAGCAGUCAACGCGCCGCAUGCAGCUGUGCCUCUCCGUGCCCCUGCCCUUCUCUCCCGUCGCCAACGGCAUGGCACCGCCGCACCGCUUCUUCGCCCCUGUCGUCAACACAACGCUCGACGUCGGCCCUAUUCAGCUGCUCUAUAUGGGUCGCUACAGCGCCAUUCCCUCCCCGUCCUCGCCCACACUAACCACCACCACGACGACAAGCGGCACGGUGAUUCGAUUAGCAGAAGGAGUGCGAGAUGUGGUGCUGCCCCUGACCGGCUACGGCAUUCGGCCUGACAUGACGAUGUUUCUCUCGUCGAACUUGUGCCACGGCGUCUCGACGGUGUCGAGCGAUGUCAGCCGUAUUGUGGCCUCGCAGAGCCUGCUGAACGUGUCGGUGGUCUCCUUGUACGACCUGCCCAGCUCCUACUGGAACACCUCCGCAUCCGUCGCAGCAUCAAACGGCAGUGAGCAGGACGGCGCAGAGGACGGCGGCAGAGGUCGUGUGCACCGGCCACGCCUCUUCGUGGUGCUGCGCCACGACGACCUAUUAAGCAAGUCAGCCGCUCAGCACCUCUUCCGGCAGGACGUGACGAUCGACCCCCUCACCGGUGCGGUGACGACGACGCGGGUGCCGCUGAACGUGUGCCUGUACGCCCCGGGCACGGCGACGCUCGUCUUCCCCACUAACUUCCAGCUCGUUGUGGACCCGCCACGCGUGACGGCGAUCCGCAACUUGCCGAGCGACGCGGGGCUGAUCGCCCAGGCGGUGACCGGCGUGGUCACGGCGGAGCUGUCGCAGCUGACGCCCACCGCCGCGACGGUUGUGUACGCCGGCAACAUGGACCUCGUCGUGGAAGGCUUCGGCCUCGACGACACCAACACGUGGCUCAUGCCGGCGCUCGACUGCCGCAACGCGUCCAGCUUCCUGUGGCGUGCCCCGGUGCAGCUCUCCGCCCUGCCCUCCAGUCAAACAACGUUCCUUCGCAUCGAGAAGAAUGCCGCCGGCACGACGGCGAGCCCCCUCUACGCGGACUCCUCACGCUACGUGGACCCGCAGACAUCCUUCUCCAGUUGGUUCGCCUCCUUGCGGCAGCAAGAAACCGUCCGCUUCGGCUCAGACACGUCCGUCAGCAGCGGGCAGGUGGUACACCGCUUCCAGUGGUGUGUCCGCAUCGCCGAGGAUGGCGAGACGACGACCGCGUCAGCAACAGCAGCAGCAACGGAAACAACAUCAAACACCUCCGGUUACGUCUCGGCGGGCAUCCCUUAUCAGUUGGUGCUGCCAGCGAUACACGGCUUUGCCCUCGAGAACGCCCGCCGCGGCGCACCGCCGUCCACGACGCUCGUCCUGCCCACCCAGCACCUCUCCAACGGCCGGUGGUUCCCGAUGCAGCUCGUCGGCCCACUCGUCGACGUGGUGGAUGAGAUCGGCAGCCCUCUCCACCUCUUCCUCGCCCCAGAGGCCUACACCUGCCACGCGGUGAAGAACUCCUACCUUCACCAGGGCCUCGACACCUUCCGUAACGCCUCCUCUGCCGCCGUGAACGGGUCGGCCGUGUUGCUGCCGCGGUUGCUGACGACGGCGGGCAGCUACCGGCUGUGUGCCAGCGCCGUCUAUCCCACGUUGGCCGCUGCAGACGACGGCGUCGAGGCGGCACUGCAGUUUUUCAACCUAGACGGGCUGCGGGUGGAGCUCGUCCAGGCCGUCUACGGCGUCUUCGCGCUGAACCACACGACGACGGUGACGGUGGAGCAGGGGCAGGAGUGGACGCUGCCCAUCUCGGGGUCGAUGCUGACGAACCGCAGUGUCGUGCGCUUCCAAACCUCCGCUGACUUGUGCGGGGAGCCGAUGGUGGCGACGAAGACGGCCGGUGGAGGCAAGCUGCCAGACAUCCCCAUCCAAAACGACUUCACCGGCUUCGCGCUCUUCGGCCAGGACGACGCGUCGAGCGAGUUGGAAGGCGGCACGAGUGUGAUCGUGCACGGGUACUACAUCGUCCUCUCGCAGAACCUUAUCCGUGCGCUGGCGGCCCCUGCGGCGUACGUGCUGUGCCUGCAGCCGCAGCGCUCUCUUGCCUGGCGCGCCGCCCCGUCCAUCACACUCAACGUGAUGCCGCACGUGCGACGCCCGACGCACUACCGCUACUUCCCUGCCGAUGGCAGCGAGGACGUGGCGGCGCUGACGGCGCUGGCCCCGACGAAGGUGGCGCUGGAGUGGAACACCGGCGAGGUCAACACGGUGAAUAUUGUGGGGGCGGCCGGGCAGCAGGUCUCGCUCGCGCUGUGGUGUCUCCCGCCGCCAAACGCGUCUUCCUCUUUUUCCUCCUUCUCCAGCACGAACAACGCGGAAGACAGCAGCGCUCGCGGUGUAGAGGAGGAGCUCGUUCCCUGUGGCGAUCAUCGUCGCGUGAUGUUUGUGAAGCCGCUCGACGGCGACGGAGACCCCUGCUUCGUCGACGCGGAAGCGGUCCCGGAGGAUGUGCUGCGUGGCCCCUACGUGCUGGACUUCGGUGUGCUGACGCUGCCACAUUCGUUGAGUGUGGCGGACGGCGCGACGAGCAGCGACAGCGACCGCGUGUCGCGUGUGAUGCCGAACAUGACGCAGCCGUGGAUCAUGUGUCUCGAGACGGCAGCGGAGCGGUGGCGGGAGCCGACGUAUCCGAUGCUGCAGCUGCAGUACACCCGCGCGAUCCCUACCAGCUUCCGCCUCCGCGCCGACGACGCAAGCAACACCACCGCGCCGUUCCCGGCACACAAAUCCGAUGUGGAGGCGGUGACGACGGCUGAGAUGGACAGGGGGACCGGCAUCCCGAUCGGUGGCAACACCACCCUCUUCCUCUAUGCGCAGGAUGGCAGUCAGGUAGUCUACCUCAACGGCUACGGCAUCGAGCGCGGCCACAAACUACGCUUCGGCAGCUUCUGUGAGGAGGAGAUGGCACCGCCCGACACAAGCACGAGCAACAGCAGCAGCAAAGCUGGUCCCGGCAGCAGCGGCCGUGACAGCGCGGAUGACAACAGCACGUCAGCAUCAUCAACGAGCGACUACCUCGCGCGUGUGUCGGAGUGGCAGGAGCUGGCCAACCCGCGCCUCUACGCCGAACCGUUGACGAUUGAAGACGAUAAUGGUGUCUUCUUAGUCCCCAACACUCAUCUUCUGGAGUCCGAAGACGCCCGCAACGGCUCUCGCGGGAUUCCAGUCUGCCUCUCCACCAACGACGGACACACCUACAAGCGAACCUCGCUGCGGCUUCGCGUGCUAUCAUCGCGUCUGCAGACGGACACCGAGACGAGGUACCGCAACCUGCUGGAGGAGAUUCUGUCCAACACCCUUCUUGUCCCGCAGCACAGCCGUGGCAGCGUCGACCUAUCCGAGUUGGUGCGCGUAGCGAAGGGACUUCCCUACCCCACGAACGCCUCGACGGACUCUACCAACAGCACCAGCCAAGACAGCCGCACCGUCCCUACGCCCACGCCGGUGGUGUACGUGCGGGUCGGCACGCAGGUGCUCCUCUCCGCCUCGUGCAGCGUGAACACGCACGGCCUGCCGCUGCUGACGGUGAACGUACCGAACACCAUCACCUUGACGAAGAACCACACCGCGGCGGUGACCGGCGCGCGGCUUCUCCUGUGCUUCCGAAACGUUGACGCGGCCGCCUCCGCCACCGCCGCGCAGCGGUCAGACGCGAGCAACGCGGAGAACGAGAUGGGCGCCGUGACCUCGGCCUUCCAGUGGUACGGCGUGUACUAUCGUGUGAUGGCGGUGCAGGUAGACCAGGUCUCCCUGCACGCCUGGACGCCGACGGAGGCGAUGAGGGCGGACAACGUCAAUCACGUGGUGCUGCGUCGUGGUGGUGAGGAGGAUCUGCUACUGCGGGUGCUCAUGGGGGCGACGCCUUCUGCGUCUCCGUCUUCGGCCUCGUCUUCGUCGCUAUCGAAUGACCUGAGUCCGCAAGACGAACUGCUGCAGCGCAUACAGCGGAGUCCGUCCGCGAUGUCGCUGCUCUCGCUGGCGCGGCUGUACGUGGGUCGUCCGUGCUAUCGUCCGGCCAGCGCACCGCCGCCGGUUACCGCCGUCUCUCCCUACGUCGCGUCGUACGCGGGCAUGCAGCUGUGGUUCUCCGCCGACGCCGUGUCCGUUGCGCCUCUCUUGAUGGAGCAGCAUGCGUCUGACAGUGCCAAUGCACCAUCAGCAGCUGCGGCGGGGAAUCUGAAUGAGUCCCUCGUCGCUUCGCUGCCGAGCGGGGAUGGGCUGCCGGUGCCACAGUUCCCCCUGACGGCGCGCGGCUCCGUCUGCCUCUCCGUGGACGGUGGACGGCAGUACCUGGCGGUGGGCAUCGCGCAGUACACGGAAGACUGGGCCCCGACGCUGCGGGUGAGCCUUGACACGGAGGACGACGAGAACCGCGAGGACGUGGCGGAGGAAGAAGAGCCAGCGGCGGCGGCGGAGGAGGAGAGCAGCAACGACGGCGGUGUAGCCGUGAAGUCGACGCGCAUGCGUGGCACGACGACUGCAAUGCGGGUGUACGCCCUGAGCAGCACGGCGCGGCGUCUCACGGACACCCGCUUUGUUGUCCCACGGCUGCUGACGAACGAGAGUGGGAGCAUCCUGCAGGUGCUGGCCGAUCUGGGUCAGCUGACGACGACGAUGCUGUGGAGUGGCUUCAUCGGCGAUGACGGCUUCGCCAUGGACGGUCUCUUGUACUUACCGGCUUCCUCGAAGGUGGCACAGACGGGCACGCAACAGCAGCAGCAGCAACCCCAGCCGCUGCGCUUCUCGCUUGACAACCGCCUGCAGAAUCUACCCACCAACCUAACACUGACGGUGGUGCCGUGGUCGCUGACGUGUUACGGCGCAUCAUCGCAGCGCGACGUGUUUGUGCGUCCGCAGGAUGUUGGCCUGCACACGAGCACGGCGCCGGGCGUGUGUAGCGCCGGCGUGCGCGAUGGCGUGCGUGUGCGGGUGGUGCCGAUGCGCGCCGCCGCGUGCGAUGACCCGACUGCGGUGGAUGCGUCGUAUGUGAUGGACCUGCCGACGGUGCAGCUGGGUUCAUGGGGCGCCUUGACCACCCCAUCUUCGGCCUCUCCCUUCCGCGCCAUGCAACUCCCGAUGAGCCUGCGCUACGUACCAGACGGAACGUAUGCAUUGUGUCUGCGUCAAGACCUGCCCUUCGUUUCGACGCUACAGCCGAUGGCCAAGAUGACGAGUGACGCACCGGAAACCACGGCGGCGGCGACGAUGCACACCGCCGUUUAUGCAGCGACGCCACUACGCUUACACGUUUCGCGGAGGUGGACGAUCCUGUCCAUCAGCGACGCCGCGAUCAGCGAGGAGGAGGAGGUUGGCAGCAGCACAUCCACAUCCGCGAACAGUGUAGUGGCACUCGCGCAGAGCAGCAACGCGGAACUCGCCGUGGCAGGGACAGCCGUGGAGGUGCGAGGCGUUCCGCUGCUCCUGGCGUUUGCCCCGAGUGCGGCACAGCGGGUAACGCGACGCCUCCCUUCAUUGUCGUCGCCGUCCGUUAACAGCAGCAGCAGCAGCAACACAAGUAGUGCAGCGAAUGAGACGGUGAUGUGGUCGAACGGGUGUGCGGGGGUGCCGGAGUCGUGGGACCCCCUCACCGGCGCCUCGCUGCUCGUGCGCAACGACGACAGCGCAGCGGGCUCUGGAAAGCUGCUGUCUACCCCGUGGUACAACGCACAAGACGGCGUGUGGAAGGUGGAUGCGGCCUACCUGCAGGAGGUGGAAUGGCAGACGCAGUCGUCGAACAAGAGCGCCUUGGUCCGCUAUAUGGUGUGCUACAGCGUAGAUGAAGGCCUGUCCUUCCAUCCUGCCGGGGUCGCCCUUGACGCGACAACCCCCAGCAGUAACGGCUUCCACAGCGACAGCACACAUACGGCGGCAGCGACUUCUGCUAUUUCUUUCACAGCCGUCGUUGUGCCGCCCACCAUCACCUCCCUCUCCGCGAGCCGCGCCGCCGCUGUAGUAUCGUUUGUAGACGCAACGCCCGAGCAGCUUCAGUGGGCCGCCGUCAACGCGACCGCGACGGCGGUGCGCGUGCAGCUGCUUUCCACAAGCGCCGCCGCGGAUAGCGAGAUCACGACGAACAUCCCUCACGUUGUGUCCUUCAGCCGUGUAGACGGUGCAAGCGGGUCCGUCUACGCAGCGCGACCGCAUCGCUAUGACUAUGUCUGGACGAGUGCGUUCGUUGGCAACGGUGUGGGACCGGCGAGUGGGCGUGGCCUGCCGGUGGCGUCUUCGCCAUCGUCGUCCUUGUUGGAUGUUCCCACAGUGGCGGCAGCGGUGGCGCUGGUCCGUACGAGCCUGCACGGUGCGCGCUGCGACGGUGCACACGCGGUGCCGGAGCUUUUUACGGUCUUCCGCGCGUCCAACAGCACAGACGCCUGGCGCAACGCCACACCGACCUCUCCGCUGGCCGCGCCGAUCUUCGUCGUGAACCUCCAGCAUGGCGGUGUGUGGUCGUCAGCGGACACGGCGGCGGUGGAAGCGUGGCGCGGUGCACAAGCGAGCAGCGCACGCCUGGCGGCCUUUGACAAGAUGAACGCUGUCCUGGGCCAUGCGGACUGGGUGAAGAGCACGGCGGAGAUGUGGACACAGAACACGUCCGGGACGACACACACGUCACCGCCGAUCAACGGCCCGCUUCUGCUGGGUCGCGCCGCGACUGAGGCGGCGGCGGCGGCGCGCAGCAACGGUGAGUCGAUCUUGGUUUGUCUGAGCACGGACGGGACCCGGUUUUACAGCGCUGAUGUCGCGCGUGCGGCCUUCGCAAGUGCAGGUGAAGAAGAUCCUCAGCAGUGGAUGGCGACAGUGUCGGCCGCCACCGCCAGCAGCACCGCGGCAGUGCGGCUCAGUCCGUGGCCACUGUACCUCCGCGCGCGUGCGCCGGCGACGCGGACCACAACGGCGAACACCACCACCACCACCCCGGCAUUGCUGUGGAUGCGGGAGACGUCGAUGGUGAUGGAGCUUCUGGCUCGCCCUGCUUCCAACAGCUCGAGCAGUACUCCUUCCUCCUCGUCGUCGUCAUCGCUUUUGCUGACGAUUGAGGCGGCAUCACUCACGCGCUUUCAAAACGCACUGGCAAAGCGGCUCGGCGUGGAGGCGGCGGUAGUCGUCGUGCAGCUGGCACACUCGGGGGACGUGACACUGCCGCAGCGCAACACAUCCACCGCGGCACCCGCCACUACCACUACCACAACUACAUCAACAACUACGAGUACCACCGCAGCACCGGUGCAGCCGCCGGUCCUCCGACAGACGCCCGCUGCUGUGGAUGAAGUACGUCUCUUCGCAGUGCAGGCUGUCCAGGCACGACAUCGCGCACGAGCCUACGCCACAGCGGAAGGUGCUGCUGUGGAAGCCACGAGUGGCUCACUGGACGCACCGCAGCUGCCCACCUACGCGUUGGUCGUCACCAUCGCUGCGGACGCCGUCGUACACAACGCCACGGCGAACACGGCCGUGCGGAUGGCAUCGCCGGAGCUGCUCUACCGCGCUGUCGCCGCACUGCGCAGCAACGUCUCCGGACCGGCGCUGCUCACCACGCUCGUCCCACGCACGGCAAGAGCGGCGCUAGCGCUCUACCCACUGACUGUCAAUUUCACCAUGAGCAACGGUGCGGAUCUGCACACGGCAGUCGCGGUCACGCCGGCCGCGCUCCCCGCCUCCCCUGCGCAAGAAGUUGCGUGGCGCGACAUCUUCCUGUCCAUUCCGUACACCACCGCGUCGCCCGAGGAGGUGCCGGAUGCGGAGGACAACGACGCGACGUCGAAGGUGUCGUGGUGGGUGAUUCCGAUUCUGCUUAUUCUGCCAGCGGGCAUGGUCUACGGGACGUAUUUCGUGUAUAAGAAGUACCUCAAGAGGCCGGAGUCUCCCGAGGCGGCCGCGCAGGUCACUGUGGAGAACAUUCAAUAG